CGGCAGUUGAAAUAUCAGAAAAAGAAAUGGAAGCUUUAAUUAAAAUGUUCACGUUUUGUUUUGUAGUUUUGAUUUUGAUUUGCCCUUUUGCUUGUUCAUUUGGCUUGGAACCACACGAAGAAGAAGAGGAUAAUGAUAUGUCCCAAGAUGAGCUGGUCAAAUGUUUCUUCGAUGUGAGCUGCUAUUUAGGGGAAGAAGCAUAUCAGAAAAUUUGGGAUUGCGUGAACAUUUUACCGCCAGAAGAAAUGAAAAUGGCAUUCGACUGGUUCUUGGAGUAUCCGAUAGAAUUUGAAUCUGAAGCUUCGGAAGAACGUCUGGGACAGAUGUGCAAAGACGACGAGGAAACUCAUAAUGAUUAUUUCGAAUUCUUCGCAGAUCGUUUAACUAAAAUCAUGUUGGAUUAUUGUAAGAAUCCAAUGGACAAUGAACAAUGUAACACAUGGGAAGACGCACACGAUUGCACGAUAAAAGUUUUGAAGGAAUACCAUGAUCGGGAAGAAUGCUGAAGAUAGUAAAAGGUUUCUUCAAAAACCUUCAUUUUUCUAUUGAAGGGGUACAAAGGAUUUUAAUUAUUUUGUAUUGAUUUGUAACCCUAAGAAAUUACAUAAAUUUUAUAGUUUUAUGUA